AUGGGGAACGCCGAGUCCCGAGGAGCUCUCCCGACGUCUUCGGGCCCGACGAGCAAAGGCGUGCGGUCCAAGCGACGGCCUCUCUCGCCCCCCGCGAGCAAAGGGCCAACACCCGACACGACCGAUAGCGCGUUCGCCUGCCACGCGAGACGCUCAGCGUUCGUCCCCACGGACGACCAAACGACAGCAGUUGCAGCAGUCGCAGCAAAUGGCUCCACGAGACGUCGGAAGCGACUGUCUCCAGGUCUCUCGCGCAGCUCGAGCUGCAACAGCAGCAGUGGCAGUGACAAUGGCAAUGCGAUGCCGCGGGAGCGCGGGGGCCUCGAACGAGGGCAAGAGGCGCUGGAAGAGACGUCGUCGCAGCUCAGCUACUGGUACUUGCUCAAACAUGGGUACACGGAGCUCGUGCACUUGAUCAUUCGACCGCCUCGCACGAGCUACGCGGAGGCCGACCUCGGGCCCACUGAGUUUCAGUUUGCUGGACGGGCGUUUGUGCGAGAGGAUUUUCCAGUCGUGAACGACCGCAGGCAGACGCUCGUGUGUUCGCACUGGCGACCAGCAACGCCAGUGGCCGAGCGCGGCCGCAUCAAGAGCGCGACAGGCGGGCAGCCAGUGGUGCCGUGUGUCGUGUACUUGCACGGCAACUCGUCGUGUCGAUUGGAGGCAUUGGGCGUCCUGCGCACGUGCUUAGCUGCUGGUCUCACGGUCGCUGCGUUCGAUACCGCCGGGUGCGGCCACUCGGACGGCGAGUACAUUUCUUUGGGGUAUUACGAACGCGACGACUUGAGGGCAGUCGUGACGCACCUACGGACCGAGCGGAACAUUGGACCAGUGGCACUAUGGGGCCGAAGCAUGGGAGCAGCGACAGCGCUAUUGCAUGCGGAUCGGGACCCGUCGAUGGCAGGCAUUGUCGUGGAUAGCGCGUUUGCGAGCCUCGAACAGCUCGUGGAGGAGGUCGUUGAACGGGGACGCCAAGAAGGACUGACGCUGCCGGGGUUUCUCGUGAAAAUCGUGCUCAAGUUUAUUCGAUUGUCGGUGAAGAAGCGGGCGCAUUUUGACUUGCAGCACCUUGCGCCGAUCGAUCACGCGCCGGUUUCGUUCGUGCCGGCGUUGUUUGUGGCUGCAGAGCACGACUCAUUUAUCACGCCGCACCACAGUGACCAGAUCUUUGCGGCCUACGGCGGAGAUAAGAACCUCGUGAAGGUGGAUGGCGACCACAACAGUUCACGGCCGCAAUUUUUACUGGAUUCAGCUGCCAUUUUCUUGCAAACAGCAUUGCAGGUUGACCCGGCAGCAACCAUGCCAUCGAGUGUGUUCGUGGACGGGGCAAUUGGAGGUGGCUCGCGUGUGCCAUGGGAAGAUACAACGUGUCGGACAUCGUUGCUCUCGACGUGUCCAUCGCCUACCUCGCGCUACCCCAUCGCCAGGGAUUUUGAUGCGCUACAACUGGGCCCGAACUUGCUGUUAUUACCAAGCGAGCCGUGGUCAUGUCCGUCAUGUAGUUUUGUCAAUCGCCCGCCAUCAAUGCAGUGCAGAAUGUGCCGGGAUAUCUACCUUCCCGAUGAGUACAAGAAUCGAGACAUGGGGAACGAGGAAGGCAACAUCACGUAUAGUGAGGCCACUCGAAUACGUGCUACGACCACAGCAGCAGUGCGACCUCGACUCGUUUCAGGACAGUCACACGGAGCGUUUCGAAGACGAACGCUUGAGACAGCACCUUCACAGAGUCCAUCGUGUGCGUCAUCACGCUCAGCGCGACAGUUUGCUAAAUCAGGGCGAUCCACAGGCGCGGUGGCGGUCAACACUGCUGCGGCUCCAAUCCAUACGCGGACGACGUCAUCGCCUUCGGUCAUAGAAGAAGGUUGUAUGUCGUAG